AUGUGUUUUUGCCUGUUUCUUGGAGUACUAAUUAGUGUAAAACUGUACCUGGUGCCUCACCAUCGAAAGAAAGAUUUGAAUACCGAGCUCGUCAUUAUGUCAUUGUUUGAUACGGUCUUUAUAAUUGACUUUGUAUUCACAAUCGUGUUUAUAGUCGCGGCUCAUAAGAAAAACCAUCAACUUUUGAGAAUUUACUACAAGUAUGGGCUUGUCAGUUUCGUGAUGAUAUUUCUUCUAUGCCUUGUCCUAACUGGAAUUGACAUCUUCAAUAAUUUCUAUAUCAUAGCCCUAAAGGAUAUUAUAAACAUAGUAACAUUCGGUGCAGCUGUUAUUAUAUUUAAUUUAUAUCUUCUGUCAAUGAUCCGAAGUGAGAUUCUGAAGCUAGAAAAUAACACUCAGCUUGCAUUUGUGAACCAUGUAACCGAUCCUCAACGUUAUGUGGAAAAUGGAGUAAAUGUUUGA